CCCAUAAUGCUUAGCAAAAUAUUAAGAAAGCUAGUGGGUCUUUCAAAGUAUUGGACAACAGUCUACUUUAAAAAUUACAUGUACAGUAAUUAGCAAAACACAACUAAAGUGUCUACUUUCAUUCACAUGGCGUAUCACAACAAUUUGAGAUAAACAAAAUGUACCGAAGAAUGUUAAGGCUAUGUGAACCCAGUGGCCUGUGUGGACCAUGUCUCUGAUCCUGUUUGCCCUGGUGGUGCGGGUCAGGGAUGGUCUGCCUCUCUCAGCCUCCACUGAAUUCCAACACAACCCAGAGCUGCAGGAGAGGAAGCAGCAGCUACGGGCCAUCUCCAAGGCCCUCAGCCUGUUCCCUGACAGAGGGGUGGUCAAGGGCCAUGACCUCAAUAUAUAUUUCCUCUCCAGUGAGGGCGUAUCCUACAUGAGCGUAUGUGACGCCAGGCUCCCUGCAGCCAUGGCCUUCUGUUUUCUAGAGGACCUGCGCUGGGAGUUCACAGCUCAUAUGGACAGCGCCAAGGUUGCCCUGGCAGCCAGGCCGUAUCCCUUUCUGGAGUUCGACAACAGCAUAGCCUGGCUGCAGCAGCAGUAUAACCAGAGGGGUGGUCCAGCGCUGGAGGUCACUCUGACCGAGGUACAGGAGGAUCUGAAAACCCGCCCUUUGCAGUUCCUCACUCUGGAGGAGGUGGAGUUUACCAACGGGUCAGCCAAUGGCCACGCGGAACAACUUUCUGAAUCCGGUCAGAACCAGAGGUUGGAGCCAGUGACCGCACCAGGAAUCCUCUCACUGGUCCUCAACAUCAUGUGUUCUUCUCUGAACCUCAUCAGGGGAGUUCACCUCAUAGAGUACACCUUCCAGGAUGAUUAUGAAGGAAUCUGGAACGUGGUGGCGUUUCUGCUGGCGUUCCUGUGCUGUGUCUGUCAGUGUCACCUGUAUCUGUUCCACUCUUCUCUGAAGAGGGUCAAGUCCCUGACACUGCUGAGUGUGGUUGUGGUCUGUAACUGCUUCCUGUUUGGUCUGAGGAAUGUCUGGCAGCUGCUGUUCCACCUGGCGGUGGCUGUCCUCGUCACCCUCCUCACCCUCAACCGGAAACUACAUGACAGAACCAAUGACUGCGGGGUCUGAAGGAGGGGGGACAUAACAUUGUUUUGUUUGUAUAAGGAUAAUUUGUUGCUUUAUUUCCAUGUUUAUUUGCACUGCGUUUACGUAGCGUCCCAGGCAGGUUUGAGGAGUAGUGGAGGCCCUAACCACGGGGUGGGGUGGGGUGUUGGAUGGUCCUCAAAUCGUCUUUUAGAAAUGAAUUCCAGAUGAAGACAAUAGUUUUGAACAAAUUACUUGAAUGAUAUGAAUUUGUAAUACUGACUGUCUGUCUAAUUAAAGGGCAUCCAUGUGACUAUAGCCAGUCAGACAGUAGGUCUACAUUGGACGAGGUAAUUGAGAUUACAUCAUCAGUGACGUAAAGAACAGUCACUGUCCAAUCAGACCACUGCUGUAGCUCAGUAAGUGAUAAUCAACUGCCAGUCUGAUUCUCCAGGGUCUAAAUGCAGCUAGUCUCACUAGAAUAGGAAAUGUACUGUGCUUUCAAUUCAAUUUGCUUUAUUGCUUUCUUUUGCAUUCUGUAGAAUUGACGAAUCAAAAUGUCUCACCAAAGUAUUUUGUUGUUUAUGCAGAAAGCUUCCCAGCAGGAGGUGCUUGACAUAUCCCUCUAGUUUUACAACCACAACACCAGGUGUUAUUCCUCUUCAUGGUGGUCAGUAUUUAGGAGUUAAUAUAGAUUUUUUAGAUCGUGGUUUUAUACUUUACAUGGCUAAGUAAGGUAUUAUAUUAUCAAUAUAAUGUAUCUAAUUUGUUGUUCAAGAAGGCUGUUGGUAAUAGUAUGUUGCUUGGUAACAAUGGUUGUAGUUUGAUUUUUUUUCUUAUAUCUAAAACAUAUGGAAAUCACAAGUUGAAAUUUAAUAUAGAAAUGUUUUAUAUUGUGUAGUUAAAAUAGAUUUUGUAACACCGUAAUAAUGUAGUGACAGUGUAUGUUGCUUUUGGUAGUCCUAAAACGAUAGAUAGAUCGAUCGAUUGAUGCUUUUGGGGCUUCUGAGUGGCGCAGCGGUCUAAGGCACUGCAUCUCAAUGCUCGAGGCGUCACUACAGAUCCUGGUUUGAUUCCAGGCUGUAUCACAACCGGCCGUGAUUGGGAGACCCAUAGGUCUCUUAACUUCGUUUAACUGACUUGCCUAGUUAAAUAAAAAAAUAUAUAUAGAUGUGAUUUGGGCUCCUUCCAGUCUGCGAUAUUUCUCAUGUCUAGUCUAAGGGCCCUGUUCAUGUUUUUACAGCAAUCUGGUAAAUAAGAAAUAUAAUUAAUUUCAGCAGAAUUUGAGCUGAAAAUACAUAUUUGAAAGAAACUAUUUACUGCUAUUUCUAUGAUUGAGAGAGUUUGAAUACAAAUUGUGAAUUGAAGAUUCAUACCCGCUCUACUGAAAUGAACAAAUCUUGGUGAUGUGUAGAUAUUUGUGUUCCUCAAGCACCUGAGCACUGGUAACGGAAUGUCCAAUAGUUUUAGAUCCAUGAUCAGUGAGUUUGCACUACGGUUGGCUUGUUUAGUGUUAACUACUGAACUCAUCUGGUUGAGGGAACAAUGUGGGGGUUGCAGGAAGACCCCCCCCCCCCAGGUAAAGCUGCUGUAACUCAUAGACCAAUAUGUUAAAUUAAUUUUUUUGUAUAAUUGAGUUUUGUUCUGUGUAAUAAUGGCUGCUUUAAUGUCAAGGAGUCCUUUACAGUUUCCUUAAAUUGUCAAUUGAAGUGGGGGAGAGAGCGUGUUAACGUUUCAGUCUACAAGGGGUAACAUUCAGGCCCUCCUUUUCAGUGUUGGGUGUGUCUUUCAUAACUGAAAUUGAUUAGAGAUACCUGUAUUAACACAUGGUUUACCUAUUGUGUGGUUUGUAUUUUCUAAAGUAAAAUAAACCACAGUCUGAAAGGUGCAGAAAUCUGAAUCAAAUUGACCAAAUGAAUUAUGUUGAUUGUUGCCAUGAACGUUCUAAAGUAUGAUGACAUUUCAAAUCAAAC